GGUGCGAUGUGUUUGCUCCUGGCCCCUGCUUGGUGGUACACUGUCUACGACGCCCCUGAUAGCCAUCCACGCAUUACUAAGCACGAGCUGGCCAUAAUCACAUUCAACAAAAGACUGGAAGCGUUUGAUGACAACCAGGUAUUUGGUCGUAAAAUAAGUUAAGGGUGAAAUAGAUUUGGGUGUAUUAAAGUUUUUUUUUUGGGUAAAAAUGUAUGGAUAUUAAAUAGAUUUGUGAUAUUUCAUUGACUUGGGAAUGACAUGUAGUUGAGAGUGGCAUGACAUGUAGUUGAGAGUGGCAUGACAUGUAGUUGAGAGUGGCAUGUAGUUGAGAGUGGCAUGUAGUUGAGAGUGGCAUGACAUGUAGUUGAGAGUGGCAUGACAUGUAGUUGAGAGUGGCACGACAUGUAGUUGAGAGUGGCAUGACAUGUAGUUGAGAGUGGCAUGACAUGUAGUUGAGAGUGGCAUGACAUGUAGUUGAGAGUGGCAUGACAUGUAGUUGAGAGUGGCAUGACAUGUAGUUGAGAGUGGCAUGUAGUUGAGAGUGGCAUGUAGUUGAGAGUGGCAUGUAGUUGAGAGUGGCAUGGCAUGUAGUUGAGAGUGGCAUGUCAUGUAGUUGAGAGUGACAUGUAGUUGAGAGUGGCAUGGAGUUGAGUGUAGCAUGGCAUGUAGUUGAGAGUGGCAUGACAUGUAGUUGAGAGUGGCAUGUAGUUGAGAGUGGCAUGGCAUGUAGUUGAGAGUGGCAUGACAUGUAGUUGAGAGUGGCAUGUAGUUGAGAGUGGCAUGAAAUGUAGUUGAGAGUGGCAUGUAGUUGAGAGUGGCAUGUAGUUGAGAGUGGCAUGUAGUUGAGAGUGGCAUGUAGUUGAGAGUGGCAUGUAGUUGAGAGUGGCAUGACAUGUAGUUGAGAGUGGCAUGUAGUUGAGAGUGGCAUGACAUGUAGGUGAGAGUGGCAUGUAGUUGAGAGUGGCAUGUAGUUGAGAGUGGCAUGUAGUUGAGAGUGGCAUGGCAUGUAGUUGAGAGUAGCAUGUAGUUGAGAGUGGCAUGUAGUUGAGAGUGGCAUGUAGUUGAGAGUGGCAUGACAUGUAGUUGAGAGUGGCAUGUAGUUGAGAGUGGCAUGACAUGUAGUUGAGAGUGGCAUGUAGUUGAGAGUGGCAUGUAGUUGAGAGUGGCAUGACAUGUAGUUGAGAGUGGCAUGUAGUUGGCAGUGAGUUUUAUUUGGUAGAGGCAUAUAACUGGUAGUGACGUGUUUUCUGGAGUACCCUAACUAUUUUCCAGCCACUGAACACGCCUUGGCGAAGGAUCCUCAAAUCACCAGCCGUGUGGGUCAUCCUAAUGGGCCACAUCUCCAACAAGUGGAUCUUGUCCUUUAUGUUGUCCUAUCUACCCAGAUACUUCAAUG